AUGCCACGUGCUGGUUUACGAAAUAGUCUUGUGGAACAACCAGGAUCAAUUGAAGGAAUACCUAUAACAACAAAAAGUCGAAAACGUACUCGAAAAGUUCUUCAUCCAAUUGCAACAGAUAUUGAAAUUGAUAAAGAAGAGUCAUGUAAUUCUUCUUUGACAGAUAGUAUGUGUGCAACUCCAGCUCGACGAGCACGUCUUCUGAAUCCUCAAUUAUCAGCAGCUAAAGUUGCACUUCAUUCUCAUGGUUCUCGUCAGAUAUGUGGUCGUGAAGAAGAACGUCGUCUAAUUCAACAAUUUUGUUCUCAAAAAUUAUCAAAUUCAAAUGAUGAAAAUGAAGCUAUUAAUAAUCCCUGUUUAUAUAUUUAUGGAGCACCUGGUACUGGUAAAACAGCUGUUGUUACCAGUAUAACAAAUACUUUUGCAGAAAAGAAUUAUUUUAAAGUUAUUUUUCUUAAUUGUAUGUCAAUGGAUUUAGUUCGUGAUGUUCUUGAACAUAUACUUGAACAAUUAAAUUGUAAAACAAAAAUAACACUAAAAAAUAUGUGGUCACUUUCAAUGUCAUAUGUUAAUAAAUAUUCGUUACCCAUUUUACUUAUUCUUGAUGAAGUUGAUGAAUUACUUUCAUCGAGUGAUAUGGAAAAUGUUUAUAAAUUACUUGAAUGGCCACAUCAAACUUCAAAUUUACUUAUGAUUGGAAUUGCAAAUUCGCUUGAUCUUACUGAUCGACUCUUACCACGAUUACAACUCAAGCCUGAACAUAAACCAUAUUUAUUACGUUUUUCACCUUAUAAUCGUGAACAAAUGUUAUCAAUUGUUAAUGAACGUCUUGGUUCAAUUGAAUUAUUUGAUCGAAAUGCUUUAAUGUUAUGUGCAAGUAAAAUAGCAUCAACAACAGGAGAUUUACGUACUGUUUUUGAUGUUUGUCGUCAAUCAAUGGAGUUGACUGUUGAUUCAGCAACAAAAAUCAAUGUUGGUGUUACACAAAUGAUGGAAGUAUUUACUAAUAAUAGUCAAAAUACAAAUUCAUCUGAUCAUAUACAAACAAAAAGUUUACCUACAUUUGAAAAAUUACUUCUUUGCUCAGUUAUUGUUUGUAUGAGAGCAAGUAAAAAACGUGUUUGUACUAGAGCUAAAUUAUUAAUGGUAUUUCAUGAUCUAUGUGAAAGACAUAAACUUCCAUCAACAGAUGGACUUGAAUUUGAAGGUUUAAUUGAUGCUUUAGAAGCUCAUGGACUUAUUAAAAUAAUUCCAUCAAAAAAUAAAAUUAAACAAGAUGAUCAAAUUCAUGGUAAAGUUGAAGAGAAUGUUUUAAUUGAUGCACUUCAAGAUCAAACAUUACUUGGCAUGGUUUUGCAUAAUUAA